AUGGCUUUGGACACCCCGCCUGUGGCGCCGCUUGGGAGUGGCAUCUUACUGCAAGCCGACAACUACCUUUUCAAUCCACCAGAUCAGGAGGCGAUUGUCAUCGACACCCUAUAUAACUCUCAACUGCUGAGAAAUCCAACAGCUCCUUUGUUGAUAUAUCUCCCACCUACAGGCUCUAGCCUACGACACAACCACCCUUCCAUUCCCUCACAUCUCAAUUCAAACGCAUUAGCAAGAAUAAACUAUCGCUGGAACCAUGUCCCGCCACCACCACACUCUUCCUCUCCAACAUCGCCCUCCCCAUCGCCACUACCACUCUCCUCGCACCCUUCCUACGCCAACCACCCAUUCCCCACCCCUAUACACGACACUCUACAUGCCUAUACCUUCCUCACUACCUCCUACCUCCCAUCAUUCUCUCCUCCCCUCAAAAACACCCCUUCCUCACCAACCUCUAAAUUCUCCCCCAAAUCAGCAUACUACACCUCUCCCCCCAGCAAACUCAUCCAGCGCCCCCUCCUACUCUACGGCUCCUACCUAGGCGGCACACUAGCCACCACCCUCGCCCUCACCGAGUCCUUCAGCACCAAGCAAACCCCCCUCCGAAUAGCAGGCCUAAUCGCCAAAAACGCCAUCUUCGAUUGGUCCGGAAUCGGAACCUCUCUACCUCCCUCGACCCCUUCUCCAACCCCAGAAAAAGGAAGACAAGAAGCAGAAGCAGAAACCCACUGGCACGAAACCACCCUACACAUCUUGAAAGAAAAGCUGUUCGCAAACCCCUCUAGUACAUUCGACGCCUUCGUCUCACCCAUCCUAUUCUUCCGUACCGCAGGUCUCAACGUCCCGAAAUACUGGCCCGGCACAGAACCAGAACCGAGUCCAGAACCAGAAUCACAAUAUCCGUCUCCUCCUCCCUCAUUAUCUCAAGACCCAGCAUCACCAUCAUCAUCGUCUCCUGAACACGAGCCUGCACUCGGAUCCGGAAAACGCACCACAGAGCACGAACUCGAGACCCAGCGGAAAUCCCACCUAAAAUUCCCUACCCGCGACAGCGGAUUAAAAAUUCCCAGGGCCUUAUUCAUCGCUUCUUCUCCCUCCCCAUUCCCCUCUUCACCUGAUAUCCCUAAACCGAAAACAAAAAGUCACGCAAAUGUAAAGGGAAAGGGGAAGCGGAAGAAGAGUAAAGGGGACAAUGAAGAGGUAACGCCUAUAGUGCAAGCAGAGGAGAUGGCGGCGUUGAUGAGGAGGAGUGUGUUAUUGCACGAGUAUAAAGAUCGCAGGGUUUGGGAUGAGGAUCUGGAUGCUGAGAGUGCGGCUGAGGAGAGGGUUUGGGUUAGGAGUGUAGGUGGUGAGGAAGGGGAAGAGGAAGGGGAGAUGGUGAAGGAGUGGAUUGAGGAUGUUUUGGAGUAA